AACUCACAGAUGAUGAACUUAAGCGCAUACUUUCUCCCUGGGGAUGGUGAGUGGGUGCUUUGGAGUUUUCCUAUCAUUACCAUUGCAUGGAUUUAGAAAUAGAGUAAAUGCGAUCUUACUUGCUAAAGGUUAUCCCUUGCCAAGUUUUGCUGAUGAUGGCAUGUACUUGAAUUGGGAUUUUGAAGAGGGAUUUGGCAAAGAUAUUUUGAGUGAACCCACUAGCAGAGUUGCUUCAAAGAUGUCUCGAAGUGUUGUGGCACUUGCCUCAUUCGUUGUAGAUAAACCUGAGGAUUCGGGGGAACACAGAAAGGAGAAAAAAAUUGCAAGAAAGUUUGCUUGCACAGGUGUAUUUAUAGAAUGCUCUGGAUCCACUACAAGAAUUCUGACUUCAGCAAGUUUGGUUAGGUCUGGUGAUGGAAAGAACAUUCAUCGUGAAUGGAAGAUUGAAGUGUGCCUACCAAGUAAACGACGCGUGGAUGGGACAUUGCAACAUUAUGAUUUAAAGUAUAACGUGGCUGUUGUUAGCAUCAAGGGUGUCUGCAGUUAUCGUGCAGCAAAAAUUGAUGAAACCUCGCAAACUGAGGUUGGAGCUCAGGUAGUAGCUCUUGGGCGUGGCUUUGAAUCAGGUAAGUUAAUGGCCACAGAGGGGGCUGUGACUGCUAAACGUAGUAGAUCUUAUUGCGAAGAGCUUCAGAUAUCCACUUGUAAAAUCGCCAAGGCUGGAAUUGGAGGGCCCCUUGUUGAUUCUGAUGGGAACUUUGUUGGCAUGAACUUUUAUGACAUGGAUGGAUCAAACUCCUUUCCUACCAAGGGUUAGAAUCCUGGAACUUAUGAGGUGUUUUAAGGCACAACGGACUGUUUCUGUUGCACAGACUCCAGACAAGUCUGAAAUUCCUAGCUGGCCCGUGCCUGACCCAGAAUGGUUUUAUCCGAGUCGUUACCCCAAACCUCGUUACGUUGAAUAUGAGAAGUUCGAGUAAAAGUGUUCCGCUUGUAUUUCAUUUUUCCAGAAUCUGAGUAAAAAUCUAGUGUUCGCAUUUUAUUUGAACUGAAUCAGAGUAAUAGUGCUGUGCUUUUUUUAUAUAUUAAAACAUCCAUGUAGUGCAUCUAACGAUAUGGUGGUCACAUGGUUAACCAAUUUUCCGUUGGUAAAAACGUGGCUACUGUUAGAGAUGUAUAGAUGUAUAGACCCUUUUCUUAUAUAUCCUCACUGUAUAAGUGACUUUCCUGCACAUUGUAACACAUGUACAUGUACUGUCCUUUAAUCCUCUGUGAAUACU